CGAGCCUACAGUAUCUCCUUCGUUUCAAAACAACAUACCAGUGUUUUCUGCGAUCUAGGUCGCUCUGACCGACCCCGCGGUCAAAAGCUCGCGACAUGUCGAAGUCGAGCAAAAACAGCAUUAUCGCUGGCGCGGGGUGUGGUCUGGUCGCAAGUAUAGCGACCUGUCCUUUGGAUGUCAUCAAGACUAAGCUGCAGGCUCAACAAGCCUUACACAAUCAAAAGGGGUACCAAGGGAUUGUCGCCACCGUCAGAUCGGUCGUCAAAUAUGAUGGCAUUCGUGGCAUGUAUCGUGGUCUUGGCCCUACGAUUCUGGGCUACCUUCCGACGUGGGCAAUUUAUUUCGCGGUGUACGACGGGAUCAAGAAUCAUUUCGGGGCGAGGCCGACGGACGACACACCAAGACAACGAAUAUACCCUGCACCACAUGUCAAAGGAUACCAGCCUGUUGCGAGAGAGAAUCCAUGGACGUUGCAUAUCCUAUCUGCUAUGACGGCAGGUGCUACUAGUACCCUAUGUACUAACCCUUUAUGGGUCAUUAAAACGCGAUUUAUGACACAAUCACGAAAUGAAGUCAGAUAUAAACACACACUCGAUGCUGCCAUCACAAUAUACCGGACGGAAGGCUGGCGGGCCUUCUUUCGUGGUCUUCUACCAAGUUUACUUGGUAUACUCCAUGUCGCCGUCCAAUUUCCACUCUAUGAGCAGAUGAAGACCUGGGCGCGGCGGCGAACAAAGACCCACGAUCUAUCACCAUCCGACAUCCUAUUCUGCUCGUCCGUAGCCAAAAUGACUGCAUCUGUAGCUACAUACCCUCAUGAGGUGAUCCGGACACGUCUACAGACCCUUCGAAUAUCUCGGAAUCAACUUAAUGGAGGCCCUCGACCAGUAACCGGAAUCAUCAAGACUGCAAAGAAUAUUGUUGUCAACGAGGGAUGGCGAGGACUCUAUAGAGGACUUUCAAUCAACCUAGCUAGGACAGUGCCCAACAGUGCGAUCACUAUGCUAACGUAUGAAAUGCUCAUGAAGUGGCUAAACGCGCGGGACCCAUGAUAUAGAUGGCGCGCAUGCUCGACAACCUACGCCGGACGUACUCUCGCGUGAGUCGCACCAUUAGAGGAGGAUCUACAUACUGUACUGUAUUGUGCUGUAAUUACAUACCGCUAUCUCUCGUUCGUACCUCUUUUUGCUUUCAAUGUUCAUUUUAGUUGUAUCCAUACAUAACACUGAUUCGGCUCGCCUUCUAGGAACUGUUUAAACUUUGUGAUGAACCGAUCUUGUCACAAGCUUAAGCUUAUGUCGAGGUGUCUCCAGUAUCGACUGUUUGACACGCUUGCGAUCAUUUCAGGCAUCCUCAGUGCUGAAUCUCUCUCGUUAUCUCGUGUGUGAAGUGCCAAUACAUGCACGCGACGUAAUGGAAAGACAACUUUGACGAGGAAAGCCAAGUCCUAUUUCUUGGGCUGGGUCGUGAUUGUGGAUAGUGUGUGGCUUGAUGUGUCCGACAGGUCGUCCCUGGCUUGCGCACACUUCUCGUCAUGCCCGCAGACCGAUUCCGCAUCAUAACGGCGUCAUCAGGGCGCAAGCCAAAGUCGUCAUGGGCGUAAGCUGAGCGCUGAGCGUUGGAGUGGGCGGUCUGUGAUUAUGGGAACUACGAUGUGGGCGGAGACGGCGUUGCGAUACGAGAAUAGCCUCAAUACACAAAAAAAGACAAUUUUCAUCUUCUGGAAUGAAACUCGCAGGCGGCUGCGGCCAAUCACCUUGCAGGUGCUCUGAAUAGAAGAUGGACACAAACAAUACAAGUGGUAUCUUGGGAGUCAUUAAGCGAGAUGU